GCGGGUCGCCAUGGGCCGCGGCAGCGCUGUCCCGCCCCGCCCCGCCCCGCUCCGCUCCGCCGCGCCGGGACCGGGGCCGGUACCGGCAGCGCCGCCGCCUUCUCUCCCUCCCUCCUUCUCCUCCUCAGCCCCUUCCUCCUCCUCCUCGGCGCUGCCCGGCGCCGGGGCUCUCCCGGCGCCGCUCCGCAAGGCGCGGCCGCCGCGUCCCCGCCCCGGCGCGGGGCCGUCCCUCGUCCCCUCCCUCCCUCCGCCCCGUCCCCGCCCGCCGCGGCAGCCCCGAGCGGGAGGCGGCGGAGGGAGGCGGGAGCCAUGCGGGAGUACAAGGUGGUGGUGCUGGGCUCGGGCGGCGUGGGCAAGUCCGCCCUUACCGUACAGUUCGUGACCGGUUCCUUCAUCGAGAAGUAUGACCCCACCAUCGAGGACUUCUACCGCAAGGAGAUCGAGGUGGACUCGUCCCCGUCCGUGCUGGAGAUCCUGGACACGGCGGGCACCGAGCAGUUCGCCUCCAUGCGGGACCUCUACAUCAAGAACGGGCAGGGUUUCAUCCUGGUGUACAGCCUGGUGAACCAGCAGAGCUUCCAGGACAUCAAGCCCAUGCGGGACCAGAUCAUCCGCGUCAAGAGGUACGAGCGGGUGCCCAUGAUCCUGGUGGGCAACAAGGUGGACCUGGAGGGCGAGCGCGAGGUCUCCUUCGGGGAGGGCAAGGCGCUGGCCGAGGAGUGGAGCUGCCCCUUCAUGGAGACCUCGGCCAAAAACAAAGCCUCUGUGGACGAGCUGUUCGCCGAGAUCGUCAGGCAGAUGAACUACGCGGCGCAGCCCAACGGGGACGAGCCGUGCUGCGCCUCCUGCGCCAUCCUCUGAGGGCGGCGGCGGCCCCGCGCCCCGGCGGACCCGCUCGGGGAGAAAACAUCGGGAACAAAAUUCAUCGUGUUGGAAAUGUGGCUUUUCUCGGCAUGUACGUUUCGUCCAGUCUCGGUCAUGGCAUAUUUCCUGUCAGUGUCGGCGGCGGGCGCGGGAGCGGCCGGUCCCGCCACCCGGGGAGCGGAGCCAUGCGGGGAACCCGCCCCGGGACGGCCGCGGGGAGCCCGGCGGGGAAAGGGGCCCGGGGCCCGGCCAGCCCCGGGACAGCGGGGCCCGCGCCCCCGGGACAGCGGGGCCCGUCCCGGCGCCGCUGCCCGCGGUCUCUAUGCAAGCGGGAGCGGUGCGGGGCCGUCCCGCCCGGAGAGUUGCACAUGGAACUGGGACUGUGACCCGAUCGGUGCUGCCAGGCACGGGGCGCCGGGCAGCGCCGCCGAUAUCCCUGGAAUAAUGCUCUAUUUUGUUUACCUGCUGUAUCGGAUGGGAGUUUGCAGGAGAGUGGUAGCGUGGUGGGUUUUCUCCUGGUUUUUUUUGGUUUUUUUUUUUUUAAUCAGCUGUGAAAAUGUUACAAAUCUGCACAAUUGUUUAGGUGUGCGUGUGUGUGUGAUUUCGUUGUGGUUUUGGUUUUUCCUUUAGCGGGGGGGGAGGGCGGUGGUGCUUUUUUUGCCGAGGGGUUUUGGAUUUGGGUUGGCAAUACCUGAUUUUGAUGACUAGCUCUCUCAAGUGCAAAGACUUCCCAAGAGUGAUGCAGGGCCAACAGCAGCCCUGUGUCUGUAGAGUGCCUUCAAAACUCAGCUGUUCCAGCCGGUGCCAACCUGUGAAAGCUCCACAGAAUCCCAUUAUCUACUACUCCAAAAACUACUUAACAGUUUCCUUGCAGUAAUCACACCGAGCAAACCAGGACAAAAGGGCCUAUUGUUAGUGGAAUUUAUUUCUUAUUUCCAUCUGAGCCUUUUAACUGUUAUUUCCAUGUCUUGCAAGUUUGGGCUUCAUUUACUUCAAAUUUACAAGAAUUUAGCCUUUUGGGAUUUUUGGGUGGAAGGGCUUUUUUUAUUUUUUUGGUUCUAUUUCCCUUUGAUUUUGUUGUGGGAUGUGCCUCCAGCCAGCAAAGAAGGAACUCUUAUCGUUGUGAUGUACCAAGAAAAUUCUAACAACUGUCAUUUUAAUUGCAGACAUGCGUUGAAGAGAUGUCUAUCCGUUUGAAGAAUUUUAAUACAAAUGCUGUUUUUUAGAAAACAACUUUGUGCAUUGUUAUGUAUCACAUGAAACACUGACUUUCACACAGGCUCUUAAUCCAGAUUUAUAUCUCAGUAGCAGUGAAAGGUGGAGGGGUCGAUUUAGCUGAGAACAGUGGUGAAAAAAAGGCAAGCCACAAGACUGCUGUUUUACCUUGUAUUUAGUCAUUUUUGAUGCAGGUUUUUGCUUGCAUUCAGGUCCUGGCCCAGUGUGCUGCCAAGCUGUGGGGAGAAGGCUGUGCUCAGAGGCAGCUUUAAGGAGGUAGUGUGGGCUUACUGAAAGAGGUCCUGUAAGAUUAGGCCCUUCUUCCCUCCUGGAAACAGUGUGGUUUAUUGGGGUGAAGUUCUAAAGGUCAAUUAUUUAUGAAAUUCAAACUUUUAGUCUCAUUGCAUUAUCACUUUAAAACUAUAAACCAGCCCUUUUUGUUUUCUGGUUUGCAGAGGGGCUGGGGUGGGAGGAGACCUGUGCCUCCCAUCAUCUGGAAGAUCCAAGGAGCUUCUUUUUAACUGUGCUCUCCUUCUCUUUGCCCCUUCUUUAAAGGUCUGCACACAAAACCUGCAGCUCGCUUUUUCCUUCUCCCCCCUGUCCCAAGAAGUCUUGAAAUUAUCUUACAUCUCAAAAACAAAGUUGAACAGAGGUUUUUAAUCAGGCCAACUGAAAAGCGACUGCCAUGGUCCCUCUGUGAUUCUGAUAAUUUCUCCUGUUUCAAGCAGGAAAGCUUUGUGCCCCAGCACUGGGAGAGCAGUGUGUAGUGUCAGUUUGAUGUUAUGCUUUCAAAUCCCGCUGCUUGAAAUGAAAAUUGCCACUUGUGCUUUAGUCCCAACUGGAUACUUUUUGUAGUAACAUCAAGCACCUGCUGAAAAUGUGUAAAGGAUUGUACACUGACAGCGUGUUUCUGCUGGGGAGCCCAGGGGUGUCCUCCCAGCAAGGCCUGUUUGGUGCAGUGUCAGUCUCAGUGACACAGCCCAGUGACAAGCAGGGCUGGAGGUAACCCCAGUGCUGGGGCCCUCACUGCUGCCUCGGCUCUCCCUCUGAUCAGCACACCAAUUUAUCCCCAUUUUUAAGUGAAACUUGAAAACCUCAUUGCAGCUCAUCGGCCAGAAAAUCCUAAAAGUUCCUUAGAGGCCAGAGGACUCCCAUGCUGGGAAGACAGGGGAAUAACACUGACAGAAGGGGUUUCUUUUAACCCAAGAACUGCAGUGAAUGCUAAGGAAGCUUGACUGCUGCCACAUCUGCAGCUUGCAAACUGCAUGUCUGCUGUUAAAUAAAUUUACAUCUCAGUUACUGCCAUGGUUCAAUUUUGCCUUAAAUUCAAUGGGAAUGUACAGUUUCCAGCACCCACCAGGUCUCGAUCAGUGCAUUGACAGCAGCUUGAUCUGGUUGAUAAAAGCAGGUAUUUAUUGUGCCCUCCCAGGAGCCAGCAGACCCCUCACCUUCCCCAGUGCCUCCUUCCCCACUGCCUGAGCUGUGCUUGAGGAAUAAAGCAAAAGUAGCACACAAAGUCCAGCUCUGCUCAGCCUGGCAGAGCAGCUGGGGCAGCCAGCUGAGCUCUGUGUUGUGCUGGCCCUUCCUGUGGUACAUUCUGGUUUUGGCCCAAAAGGUGCAUUUGUUACAGAGUGAAGCAUUUAAGCAGCCAUGGCACUGUCUGAUCAGGGUUUUGAAUGUAUUCAGGCAUUCCAUGUUCUGUGUGACUGGUGAGGACAGUACAAAGUGUAGAGCUCAGUAGUCUGAUCUUCCAAAUACUCUGAAGUGUUUUGGUGCUUGUUAAACAUAGGCCUUGUCUAUAAUAAGUCUGAAAAAGAUCAUCCUGCUUUAACUUGACUGAGUGAUGAAAGCUAUAUUAGCUUGGACACUUGAGGGAAAUGUUGUAUCAAUAUAAAGGUACUCUUUAUUCCUUUUCCCUGUGGGAAUAUGUUACACCCGUGUCAAUACAGAGGUGGUAUAUCACUCUUUUCACAGUGAGAUUGCAAAUAUUUACUUGUUUUGGAAGAAAAAUUACGUUCCCGGCCAAAAUGCUUCCUGACAUGGCAGAAAUUGUGUAAACAAGGCCUUGGUUUAAGGCUGGUGCUGUGAGCACGUGUUUUGCUGUACAUAAUGAUUGUAUUCUGGAAAAGCCCAGCCUGUUCCAUCGCAAGAGAGCGCGUCUGGCACGCCGGUGUCCCUGACUGUCCGUGUGCUCAGCCCAGCCCCAGCCAGCCUGCUGCUGCUCAGCGUGGUGCUCAGGAUGGAUCUCGUGGUGCUGGAGCUGGGGGGCCACUCUGUGCCUCUGGGAUCCUGCUGGUGCUGCUUCUCUCAAAAGAAUGUACGGCAAGUUGUUUGCAAAGGGCAUUUUCAAUAAAGGGCAGCUGGCUCUUUA